AUGGAUUUAGACCGGCAGCGCUUAAUGCCUCGCAGGAUUAGACCAUCCGAAGAAAGGCAAAAGAAAGUCCGCCGCAGAGCCGCCACUGCCGCCGCUGCUGUCUGUCUUGUCUUUCUUUCCGUCGACUACGGGCCUCGACCUCGACUUCCUGCCUACGAGUGCUGCAGGCCCCGCUACCAUGACAACCAGGUGAAGAUAGAUCUCAUAAGUGCACUUCACUUGUGCACUGGGAGCAGCAGAGAGAGAACUGCUUCCUCCUGUCCCCCUUUCAGCCCAGCAGAAGCGGGCCCGUGGACACCAGGACUCUAG